GCUUCAUGAAUGAUCCAGUCAAAAGCAUCACAAGAAGAAUAUUUCAGAGUUAGAAGCCUUCUACUAGAUAUUGAUUUCAGGUAUUCACAAUUUACAACGAGGAUAAUUCUGCCACUACAACAUGUUCAAUCAUUAUUUUUUUGGUGGAGAGGCUGCACAUGAAACUUGUAGGAAAUUCUUGUAUGAAGAUAAUGGUGAAAGAGUCAUUAUGGUAACUGAUCCCCCAUUUGGAGGUUUAGUGGAAGCACUGGCUUCUAGUUUUAAAAAACUGAUGGCAAUGUGGAAGGAGACAGGAAAAGAAGGUCAAGACAAUGAAGAGAUGCCCAUGUUCUGGAUAUUUCCAUACUUCUUUGAGUCUCGUAUUCUUGACUUUUUCCCAAGCUUCAGUAUGAUGGAUUACCAGGUAGACUAUGAUAAUCAUGCACUGUAUAAACAUGGCAAGACAGGUCGCAGACAAUCUCCUGUCCGUAUCUUCACAAACCUUACCCCAAGUACCAUUGUACUUCCUGUAGAAGAGGGUUAUAGGUUUUGCACCUUAUGUCAGCGAUAUGUUAGUUCUGGUAACCAGCACUGUGAGAUGUGCAAUUCAUGUACGUCAAAAGAUGGCAGACGAUGGAAACAUUGUGUUCUUUGCAAAAAAUGUGUAAAACCCUCUUGGCUUCACUGUAACAAUUGCAACCUGCUGUGCUCUUCCAAACACAGUUGUGAGAGACUGAUUCUGGCUGUUUUGUGUGUGGCAAGGCAGGUCACAAGCGCAGUGCCUGUCCCAGUCUCUCCCGCACCAGAACAGCUUUCCAAGAUGACAAAAAGAAAGGGCAGAAAACUUCAAAGAAGGUAAAGAUGGGGAUCUGUAAAAGAUCAGCAAUGAAACGUGCCAUAUUCUCCGGGAAGAAAAUAAA